CGCCAUAUGUUAGGGCCUUCGCUUUCUCAGGGUCUCCCUGUGACCGGUUCUUCUAUCUUGCCUCGCUGAGGGCCGAUCCUAGCGAGAGGAUGUUAACCCCAGCAUUUCGCCUGUCUCGGGACGGGGUCUGUGGUUAGAGACAAGGCUGACAGGACGCAGCGAUCCUAGAAAUCGGACCAGAAACCGCUCAGGAACGCGCCCCUUAACUUGCAAACCCCAUCUCCCAGACGCCCUAGCUCACCCCCGGAAGUGGCCGAGCCUAUAAAAGCUCAGUUAGCGCCCUCUGUAGCGGAUCCCGUGGUCUGCAGACUGGCUGGAAAGUCAAUUCUCGGAAGUCCAGGAGGAGCCUAGGGAGUGGCAGCUCCCGCUGACCGGCGGGUCGCAGAGACCUGCCCCCAAGGUGUCCCACUGUGUGGCUAAGGGUGCGAUAGAACCCGGGCUGGGAGAGCCGGGUUAUGGGGUCCAGUGGUGGUUCUUCCGCUUCCUUGCUUCGCUCUGUCUUACCUCGGCGUUCAGCCUAUUUUUCCUCGUAAGAAUUGGACACUUUUCCGUGCCCCUUCCGUACCGCAGGUGGUGUUUGUAGAGGCUCCCACGCUUUUCAUCUAAGACUUGCUAGAACCAUCCUGUCUAAAGGAGCCACCGUCAUACCCCCCUUGCACUUGGAAUAGAUCUGACUGUCCGAAGGACGAAGGACCGGUUUGUGAGCACUUGUGCCAAGGUGGACUUUAUUCACACUCCUGAGUGGAGUAUUGCUUGUCACUCACUCCUGAGUUCUGCCGUUUGGAGGGGCUGCCUUUGGAAAUGAGUUCUGGGAACUGAACACAGGAACUGGGUGCCUGUACCAGGCUUGCCAUUUGCCUGACCGAGUUACUCUUCUUUGGAUCCCAGCGCUGCAGUACUUGUGAAUUGUUCCUGUGAAGACCAGAAGUAGGUACUUGGUCCCAUGGAGCUGUGAGCUGAUGUAGGUGCUGGGAACUCAGCUGUGGUGUGCUGCAAGACCAAGGACAAGCCUUGCAGUGUUAGGUGUCUUCCUCGGGCGCUCCGACUGUGACAGUCACAGAGACCAGGCCACUCUUCUGAGAGCCGUCAGCGGACUAAAGGAGUUCUUGAUGAGAAUGGCUUCAGGAUGGUUUUACCUGUCCUGCAUGGUGCUGGGAUCCCUGGGAUCGAUGUGCAUCCUCUUCACUACCUAUUGGAUGCAGUACUGGCGCGGUGGCUUUGCCUGGGAUGGUACUGUGCACAUGUUUAACUGGCACCCAGUGCUCAUGGUUUCCGGCAUGGUGGUGCUCUAUGGAGCUGCCUCACUGGUGUACCGCCUGCCUUCAUCGUGGGUGGGGCCCAAGCUGCCCUGGAAAGUUCUCCAUGCAGCACUGCACCUGCUGGCCUUCACCUGCACUGUGGUGGGGCUGGUUGCCGUCUUUCGGUUCCACAACCAUUCGAGAAUCGCACAUCUCUACUCCCUGCACAGCUGGCUGGGUAUCACCACUGUAGUCCUCUUUGCCUGCCAGUGGUUCCUGGGCUUUGCUGUCUUUCUCCUGCCCUGGGCAUCCCAGUGGCUGCGAAGUUUCCUGAAACCUGUGCAUGUAUUCUUCGGAGCCUGCAUCCUUUCCCUGUCCAUCACAUCUGUUAUUUCGGGCAUCAAUGAGAAGCUUUUCUUUGUUUUGAAAAAUUCCACCAAGCCCUACUCCAGCCUGCCUGGUGAGGCUGUCUUUGCCAACAGCACAGGGCUCUUGGUGGUGGCUUUUGGCUUGCUGGUUCUCUAUGUUCUUCUGGCUUCAUCAUGGAAGCGUCCAGAUCCAGGAGCUCUGACUGAUAGGCAGCCCCUGUUGCAUGACAGGGAAUGAAGCGGGCAGGGGCUCCUGGGAACGGUCAGCGAUGCGGUCUCUGCUCCCACAGAAGCUCUGCUGUACUGGGGCUCCUGGCUGGUUUCAGCAACAGACUUCUCUUGGGCCAGAGACCAACCUUGCUACUCCGGUUGCAGGCUCUUGCUGUCCAGCCACUAGCUGUUCCUCUGCUUUUCUUGUGACUUUGGCUUGUUGCCAUUUUUUUCUGGUCCUCCAUUUGCACAAGGACCUUCUUGCUUUGGUCACACAUGUCUCUUCUGCUGGCUGCAGAUUUUGGGCUGCUUUCCUUACCAGUCCUAGGGAUGUGGUAGAAGCCAAAGCUGGGGUUCAAAUGCAGUCUACACGUGUAAAUAGUCUGCUCUCUGUGGGAGCAUUUGUCUCAGUUAGGUAUGCUUCCUCCCCCUCUGCUCUGUCCUGGAUGUGUAUUUGGGUGGGCAGUUGCAUUGAGGGGAAACUCAUGGGACAGUGGCAGCUGGAGAAGCCUUUGCCGAAAAGUCAGGUGCCUGAUACUCUGCUCUUUCCCCUUUGAUGUGCUGUAUUGUGUGGAUUGUGACCAUGUGAUUCCCCCUCUUCUAGUUGCUGCUCCAGCUGCUUCCUGGAUCCCGCCCUUUCCCUGUGACUUACAUGCCUGUUCCCCUCAGGUAGCACCACGAGCCCUGUUAAACAGUUCUCCCAAGAACAGAUGUCCUGUCCCUAGAGUCCCAGUGAUAUGUCAGAGGUUUCUUUGGCCUUCCUUUCUGUCCCUUUGUGGGUAUGGGCUUUCCUGCCUCCUCUAGUUAUGCUCUCCCCUGACAGGGCCCCAGCCCACUAUGAAAUUGAAACCAGCAUUAUGAAGCAAUUUGCUGGGCAGAGUUCUGGGAGCCAUUCACUGCUGCUGCCUUCAGAGAUGUUCCUUCUUGAGUAGUGGGUGCUUCUGUUCCCCCCAAAGGUCACUUAGCUACCCUCCAUGCUAUACCAGAAUGUGAGCUUUGCUCUUCUGAAUAGAAACUGGGUAGAGAGGGAGGAGUCUUGCCCAACUCCUUUGUGUUAGCCUGCAGCACUUCAUGCCUUCAUAGACAAGCCCUGCCAGGUCCCUCAGCAGGCAGGUAGGAAGAGUUGGGUUCCUGAGCUCUCUGCAGAUAGUGGCCAGGCUGCCAGAAGCUGGGAGGAGGGCUGGCAUGGAUUGGCUGACUAAAUGAAGCCUGAACACAUUGGGAUGAUUCUUGGCACCCACAUGAUCAUCUUCCUGGUUCACUCAUGAGUGGGUAUUUACUUCAUGAAUCUUAUUUUUAUUAAAUGUUUUUAAACAUCAGAGGUCUCUUUUGUUCAGACUGUUUUUUAAAAAUAAUUUU